CCUGCUCUAAGAAAGCUAUUUUUGAACAGGAAUGCACCAACGUGCUUGAGACUCUGACGGAGAAGACGGUAUAAGUAGCGGCAGAGCCCGAGAGCUUUAAGCGCGUUCAUGUCCCUUUCAGAACAGCGUGUCGAUGCGCAAUUGCGCAUCCAGGAAACCGUAGAGUAGUCACACCAUAGACAAGAAGGGGGUCUGAAGUCUACCGCAGUGCCUGACGGGAGAAAAAAGCAUCCUGUGGUGACCCUUUUCCCAUGAAAAUGUAUUUAUAAUGUUCUCAUAAUGACCAGGUGAGCAUUGCGUCUCCAUGAAUUCGCCGCGACUUCAUCUUGGAAGAUACUGGAGGUUAUUCGCUUAUUGACAUUUGGAGACAUUAAGCAUGCCCACGUUUUGGACUCACGCACGCUGGGGCAACAACUCACGAUGACAGUAAGAAUCAGGACGGAUGCACUUAACAAAAGUCAGGAUAUCUCCGGGGACGCGCCAUGGACGCAUUGGACAUAAUAGCUUCCGUUAUAGUUUUGGGGAUUAUCGUCGUGUCGUUGCUGUCCAACGUUGUGGUGCUGAUCUGCUUUCUCUACAAUCCGGAGAUCCGCAAACAGGUACCCGGUCUUUUCAUUCUCAACCUGACGUUUUGCAACCUGUUGCUGAGUGUGUCGAACAUGCCACUCACCCUGGUCGGCCUCGUCACCGCGGGCUACCCCGAAGGCAGCGGCUUCUGCCAAUUCGUGGGAUUCCUCGACACUUUUGUCACCACCAACUCCAUGCUGAGCAUGGCGGCUCUCAGCAUCGACAGAUGGGUGGCGGUGGUAUUCCCCCUGAACUACCACUCGAGAAUACGGCACCGGGACGCGGUGGCGGCGCUGGCCUACACGUGGAUCCACUCGCUUUGCUUCUCGACGGUGGCCACCUGCCGCUCCUGGGUCGGGUACCAUCGCCUUUACGCAUCGUGCACCCUCUGCAACGUCCGGGCCAAGGGAGGCGGGACGCAGUUCAUCGUUUUCACGGUGGCCCUGCACUCUCUCACAUUCCUUCUCACGCUGAUCGUGUUGUGUGUGACGUACCUGAAAGUGCUGAAAGUGGCAAGAUUCCACUGUAGACGGAUCGACGUGAUCACCAUGCAGACGUUGGUGCUGCUCGUGGAUUUUCACCCCAGUGUGCGGCAGAAAUGCUUGGAUGAGCAGAAGCGGAGGCGGCAGAGAGCCACCAAAAAGAUCAGCACUUUCAUCGGCACAUUUGUUGUGUGCUUCACCCCAUAUGUCAUUACGAGAAUUGUGGAGCUCUUCUCCUCGGCGCCCAUAAGCCCUCACUGGGGAGUGCUGUCCAAAUGUUUGGCCUACAGCAAGGCAGCAAGCGACCCGUUCGUCUACUCGCUGCUGCGUCACCAGUACAGGAGGACCUGCAACCUUCUGGCCAACAAAGUCCUCAAGAGGAGUCCGCUCAACUCCUCCUCCCUCAGGAUGGAGAACUGCGGCGCGAGGAGCGCCAACAACUCGAACUCAACCAACAACACCCAGCAGUAGAUCGACCGCUGCAGUGACGGUGCAACAUCACAGGGAACUGUUAACGUGAUUAUUGUUGAAGCAAGAGGCCGGCUAUAUUCUCUACUUUUCACAUUAUCCUAUGAAAAGUCUCAAGACAGCUAGACGGCUUUGGGGUCUUGACUGUGGCACCCCGAGACGUUGCCUUAGGUCACAAAUAAAUUCAUAAGGCCAAAAAAUUUUCUCAGCCGGUUCAUCGCUGCAAGUGUCUUUGCAGAUCUUGGAACAUCAUGAAUGAUGGAGGUGUAAGGCGCAGUGGAAUAACCUGUAUACAACUUUAGCUACACAGGAAAUAAUAAUCAGUAGGAUCUAUUCUUCUUAAAAAAUAUAGGAUACUCUUUAACGACUGAUAGACCAACCCCCUUUUGUAGGUUGUGUGUGUCGAUUGUAGUUUUUCAAUACAAAUAUAAUACCGUCUUUUUCUGCAUAGAGUGAACGAGUUUAUUCGGUAGCAUGAACAGCAUUGUAGCUCCACCUCUAAAAUUACAGACGGAGCCGGUUAACCAGACAGAGACAACAACACAAAAUCUACAUUAUUAACAUUGUCCAAUGCUUUUAAAUGUUCGGAUGAAUCAGUCCAAUGUAUUACCUCAAGUCAGUAUAGUUGUACAUCCAAUUAAAAAAAUGAUUUAAAUCCACCUGAAGUGUUUGGCAGAGUUCCUAAAUUCAAGCUCACCCUCUGACCUCAAUGAUGAUUCUCAGGCCGGAUGAACGUAGUAUAUAUGUUGCGUGGAUAAUUUUGACUGUACAGAUGAUUCUUAAAUGAUUAUAUGUUGUAGCUGUGAGUUCUGAAGUGCCUUUUAGACGAUGAACUCGCCGAUUCGAUCCAAACAUAACCUUCACAUUCGGCCAUUUUCUGGGAAUUCUGUGAUGUGGUUUAAUCUGAUGAUGGAGCCAAUGAUGCAGUUUGGUCCCAUUGUAAGAAAGUUUUAAGGGACGUUAAUUCUUUUAAUACAUUGUAUUGUUGUAUUGAGCAGAACAGGGUGAAAUAUUAUUUGAAUGUGGUAGCAGCUAUUCUAUGAUGUGUAAUUACAUUUUAGCACAUAACGUUUGAGCGGUUAUGUGACAUCAGGUUGUAAAAUGUUUGUUUUUUUGUUGACAAGGCUGGCAAAUCAGGAUGUUGUGUUUUUACUUUACUGUGACAGUAUAAAGACGUAAAAGGCUUAAAAAAGAUUUAUUUUUGUCAAAACUGUGUCGGGUUUUUGUUAAAUAUAUUUGUGACUAGAUUGCAAUAAAUGCUGUGCAUUUUGACAUUUUAAAACCCUCA